AUGUGGGCUGACUUUUGGUCCUUUCAUGCCUUUGCGGCACUCUUCCGCUGGCUGCUCAUGCCACAGAGUCAUCUGCCGUCCAUAUCCCACGCAGCAUCUGGAGCAGCUGGAGUAGCCUCGAACUGGAUUUCCGGCACACCCGAGACCACGAAGUCCACUACGGUUCUGGCCGAAGAUGAUUUUGACCCGUUACAAUACGUCGAUCCCCUUAUCGGCUCGAGCAACGGCGGUAAUGUCUUCGUAGGCGCGACGUUACCGUACGGUAUGGCGAAAGCCUCCGCGGACACGAAUAGUAGCUCCAACCAAGGAGGCUUCACUCUUGACGGGAACCCCAUCACGGGAUUCUCAGUUAUGCAUGAUUCUGGAACGGGCGGCGCGCCAUCCUUGGGAAACUUUCCAUUAUUCGCCUAUACGACAUGCCCCAGCGGGGUCAUCAAUUACUGCACGUUUCCGAAAAAGGCGCGGGCACGAUUCGGCUACUUCAGAACUAGAGACGUUAUCGCAAAGCCAGGGUUGUUCAAUGUGACGUUGAGAGAUGGUAUCAGAGUCGAGAUGACCACGUCACAACGAACAUCGCUGUUCAGGUUCAACUUUCCACAACAAGGGCAGCCGCUCAUCCUCCAGGAUCUUUCAGACCUGGGCGACACGAGACAAGAUAAUGCUACAAUCAAGGUUGACGGGCGCACGGGAAGAAUAACAGGUAGUGCGAAGUUCAAUCCCAGCUUCGGCUCUGGCACGUUCGUGCUUUACUUCUGUACAGACUUCCAGGGUGGCGAGGUCUUGGACAACGGCAUCUUUGUGGAUAGCCGCGCCAGCGCUGAUGUUAAGAACAUGACUAUAUCCCGCUCGAUCAACGGUUAUCCACUUCCCGGAGGUGCCUUUGUUCGGUUCAGGUCGGCAGACCAACCCAUCAUUGCACGAGUCUCGACAAGUUUCAUUAGCAGCCAGCAAGCUUGCUCCAACGCCGUGGCUGAGAUUCCCGACUACAACUUUGAGCGAGUAUCUCUGGAGGCGACUGCUAUCUGGAAAAAGAAGCUCAGUCCGAUCAAGAUUUCAACAGACAGAGUGGAUGAGUCUUUUGCAAGAAACUUUUACAGCGGCAUCUACAGAACCAUGGUCAAUCCGCAGAAUUACACUGGCGAGAAUCCAUUGUGGAAAAGCAGCGAGCCGUACUGGGACUCGUUCUACUGCCUGUGGGAUUCUUUCCGUUCUCAGAUACCGUUCUUGGUCAUUAUAGAUCCCACCGCCGUCGCGGAGAUGGUGAGAUCUCUUAUUGAUACCUACGUUCACACUGGCUGGUUACCGGAUUGCCGAAUGAGCUUAUGCAAAGGUUUCACGCAAGGAGGAUCGAAUGCAGACAACGUCUUGGCAGAUGCAUACCUCAAAAACAUCACAGAUGGUAUUGACUGGGACAAAGGAUACGAAGCGGUGGUGAAAGACGCCGAGGAAGAACCUUUCGACUGGAGCGUUAAUGGACGUGGUGGACUGGACAGUUGGAAGAGACUGGGCUACAUCCCUGUACAGGAUUUCGACUACAAGGGCUUCGGAACUCUUACAAGAAGCGUUUCUCGGACGCUUGAGUACAGUUACAACGACUUUUGCAUUGCGCAGAUGGCCGACAAAAUGGGCAAGGAUGAAGAUCGCGAGAAGUACAUUGGGACGAGUAGAAAUUGGCGCUACUUAUACAAGCAAGACCAAAAGUCCGCCUUCUUUAACGGCACCGAUACUGGAUUCCGGGGUUUUUUCGAGCCCAAGUAUAUCAACCAGACUUGGGCAUAUCAGAACCCCUUGAACUGCAGCAAUCUCGACGGAAACAGUGCUUGCUCUCUUCAAAACAACGGGCCAGAAACAUUUGAAAGCAGUCUCUGGGAGUAUGGAUUCUUUGUCCCCCAUGAUCAAGGAACUCUCAUCAACACAUACGGUGGCCCCGACGCCUUUGUUCGCAGGCUUGACUUCUUACACGACCAAAACAUUACCUACAUAGGAAAUGAACCGGCUUUCCUCACAGUGUUCCAGUAUCACUACGCCGGACGGCCAGCGUUAUCGGCUAAACGGGCCCACUACUAUGUUCCAGCUUUCUUCUCUCCUCAGCCUGGUGGACUUCCUGGCAAUGAUGACAGUGGAGCCAUGGGAUCUUUCUUGGCCUUCACAAUGAUGGGAUUAUUUCCCAACCCUGGCCAAGACGUUUAUCUCAUCACUCCGCCCUUCUUUGAGAGCGUUGAAAUUACCCACCCUCAAACGGGAAAGACGGCCAAAGUGCGAAACGUCAACUUCGAUCCCAAGUACAGGAGCAUCUACAUCCAAAGCGCUACCCUUGAUGGUGAGCCAUACAGGAAGAAUUGGCUGAAUCACAGCUUCUUCACCGAAGGCAAGGAGUUGGUGUUGACGCUUGGCCGAAGGGAGAGCGACUGGGGUACAAGGGUCCAGGAUUUACCACCAAGUAUAGGAGAGUACACAGGGUUCAACCGAACGUUCCCUUCAGCGUUUCCUUCGAACGCAACUGCCAGGAGGAGAGAAACAAACUACAAGGGGACUUUCGGGGGCUCAGGGACAAACGUAGGUGGAUUAUAG